UUCGGACCGCUUCAGCGUGACAAACAAAAAUAAACAUUUCUGAAAUAUAGGUUUAAAAAAACAUGUAGACCUUGCAAAACGCAGGUUAUAUUAAAAUUCAAGCUAAAUAUUUAAAGUUACAGUUGCGGCGUCCAUACGCUAGGCAUUCAGAGUGAAGUCGCUUUUUAUUUUCACGCAGACAGCGGUUUGUUUUGGUUUCAUUUCUUCUGAAUAUCACUGUGUUUAAAGAUGGCAGGACUGGAGCUGCUCUUCAACUGCGUAGCAAACUCAAUAACCUCUUCCCAAGAUGCUCUGAUUUGUUUUGUACACUGGGAAGUAGUGAAAAGUGGCUAUAAAUGUCUGGGCAUUGGAGAUGAGCCUAAAGAUGGAGAGAAGAAGUCAGAACUGCUUCCAGCCGGCUGGAGUGAAAGCAAGGAGCUGUACGCACUCAGAUACAGAUCAAAUGAUGACAAGUCAAACCUGCUGCUCAAAGCCUUCACAGUGGAUUCAACCCUGAUCUUCAAUCUAAUGGACUCCACGACAGAAAAAGUAACCGAUCUCACAGUUAACAUCAGUGAGUAUGUUGAUGAAGCCAAUCUGCAGACUUUUGAAAGCGUGUUUAAGAACACAGACGAGCUGAUCACGAAGCUAAAGUCCUCACUGCUGCCCCCUAAAAAAGAAGAGGGUCAAGGAAAAACAGAGAAGAAGACAAAAAGCGAAAGAGUCUCAAACUUAAGGGACCCUCACAGUGAUCCUCUCCUGAUCCCAACCAGAGGCCCUCCAAGCAGACACCCACACAACUGGCCUGAUCCGAUGGCUCCAUUUGCCGCAGGCGGUGCCGAUCUGGACCCUUUCGGGGGAAGAGGAGCAGGAGGGAUGAUUGUGGAUCCAUUACGUGCCGGGUUUCCACGCUCAGGGUUUGACCCCUCCUCUGGUAUUCCUGGAGUCCUUCCUCCCGGCGCUGUGCCCCCUGGUGCACGCUUUGACCCAUUCGGGCCGGUUGGGCGACACAGACCUGGGCCAGACCCUGAUCACAUGCCUCCACCAGGAUAUGAUGACAUGUUCAUGUAGACGCACUAACAUCCCAUAGUUCUCGCUGUUCUGCAGUGAUAUGCACCUUGUGUUUGAAUAAACUAUGUUGUGGUCAAACAGAAUUACUCUUAAUAAUUCUGUUAAAUAAUUAUUAUUAAAAAUAUAACGCAGUUGGUUUUCAUUUUGAAAUUGCCACAAAAAAUUAUAAUAAUAAUCACUGAUAAUUCAAGAUUUUCAGAUUUUCUUUGUUUGCCCUUUUUUGACUCCUGCACUGGUCAGUUAAACUGCUUUUAUUCUGUCAUAUUUCUCCAAUGUGAUUAAUAUUUUUGUGAUAUUAAAGAUACUGUUAAAAUAGCUUAUACCUUCUAAAACUGUCAAGAUUUGAGUCAUACUGGUUUGCUAUUAAUUUUCUAGAUAAUAAAACAUUUGAAAACAACCAAU